CGAUCAGCCAAGAUGCCCAGCCUGCGUGAACGAGACAGGCGCAACCUGUGGCUGAUCCUGACCGGCGCGCCUCCCUCCGGAAAUUCAGCCACGCUCUCAAUCCUCAAAGCGCUUCUACUCAGUGCCAUUCUCACCGUGCGGCCGUUUGCAUCGACAGCCUCUCGCCGAGGAAAACCCCGACCGUGCACGACCUACGGAUACGUCGUCGGCGGCUGCGGCAAUGCGCGUCGGAUGCAGGUAUAUCGUUGAUGCAACGAGGGACAAAUCGCGCACGGAGCGCCGCGACGCAACCCUCCAGGGGUGACCAUGAGCGUGCCGGCUUACCGAGCUGUUGUGGUGAAACCUUAGUCCCGACGAUGCGGCGAUAGCUAGUUUUAACAAAGUGUCUGCGUGUGCAUCGCGAACGGCCGCCAAGUGCCAAAAAUGUGCGAGUACUGUCUGAAAAUGUCGAGAACGGCUGGACCGUGAGUGAAAGAGGACCGCGUUCGUUGAUGGAUGCGCGACUAGCGACCGUCCGUAAUUAGCCGCGAUCGACGACGACCGGCGAGGGAUAUCCUCUCAAAAAACGAAUACCGGAUAUAUUACUGAUCGAUGUUAUAAUAAGUACGAUCAGAGAAAGAUGUAAAUUAGUUGGACAUACAGCGGCUCUUGGCAAAGAAAAACAUAUCGCUAUAUUUAAAGUUAAUCAACGACAUGGGACACGAAAUAGAAGACUGAUUAACUGCUGUCUAUAAUUUGUUAAAGUACAUCUCAUCGUAAGCUUUUUACCUUGUAAUUGUUCAGCCUCGCAUGAUACAAAGACACACGUACGUUCGAUUCGUAGAAAAAAAAAGACGAAGCUUCCGAAUAGCGCGACGUCAGAGUCAUAUAUCUUUCUAUUUUGAAUCAAUACGAGAUUAUGUACAAAGAAAGUACUAAAUGCUAUUAACUUUCUAUUAAUCGAUGUGCACUACCUCGGAGAAGGCGGGUUUUGAUCGCAGAUCACGUUUGCCGACCAUUUUUAUAUACGAAGCCUUUUACUGCGACCAAAUAAAGCUGAACGUUCAUGCCGGUAAACGCAACAUAUCGUAAUAUCGGGGACCAAUGCGAAUGCUGUCGACAUAAAACGCUCGCGCAUGUACUCGUGUACUGUGCCGACGUAAUAGAAACUUAACCGAGUCACGACUACCGAGAGAGAGUAGCUCGAUAUAAUUUUCGACGUGAACAUUACAUCCAGUAUAGGAAAAGGGCGAUCGAUACCAUCGUGAGACGGGAAUACCUAAAGAUCGCAGAGGGUCUACAGCUCCGACGUUUAUUUUUCGAGUGUUAAGUAGCGAAGUAAAGUUAGCGAUAAUUAGCAGGACGGCAAUUAGCAGCGAACUCGAAGCAUGUCGUCACUCGACAAACGAAGCGACUCAGAAGCGAAGACGAAAGUUUCUUCAACGCGUAACUCCGACAUUGCCGAGUAAAAGGUCAGCCGGGGUAAAAGGGAAACCGUCAGGAAAGUGGCAGUAAGAUGCCGAAAGGAAGUCCGGGAAAGGAUAGCAGCGAGAAUAUCCAGUUGGAACCUUUGUCUAGGACGCCUAGGCGAACCGAAUCUAUCGACCCUGCGGAAAUAGAUGCAAAGGCACCGUUAAGACAAGCUUCAAGGAAGACGUGCGAUUUAGGAGAUAGCAAUGCAGGAUUGCACAGGCGUAACUUUUACGAACGCGCAAAUGAAGUCGUUAGAUGUUCGGAGAGAAAGACUUAUUGUGUACUUUGUAUCUGCUGCAUGGUACUUCUCAUCACAUCACUUAUCAUCGCCUUGGCACCUUUGCGAAAUGGCUGCAUUUGUUCUGAAGAAGAUCGAAAAAAGCUUGCAGAUGAGGAAAGGGACGCCGUGCCUCGGAUGGAGAAUGGAGAGGUAUUUCCAUGGGAUAACAUAAGGUUACCUGCUUUUGCACAUCCUACUAGGUACAAUAUUACCAUGCAUCCAAAUCUUACCACCUUAGAAUUUAGAGGACGAGUCACAAUCGAAUUUUACGUUGAUGAAGAGACCAAAUUUAUCGUCUUCCAUAGUAAAAACUUGACAAUAAAGGAGCAGAUAGUCAAAGAUGGUCAAGGAGAUUUUCUGAAAAUUUCCAAAUUGCUCGAGUAUCCGAAGCGCGAGCAGCUAUAUCUGGAAUUGGAGGACACAUCGUUUCGAAAAAAGAACAAUUACACACUAUUCCUGAGUUUUAAUUCGACGUUGAAUUCUACUGAACUUAAAGGGUUCUAUUUUAGCAGUUACACCACUCCUGAAGGAGACUACAGAUAUUUGGCCACAACUCGCUUCGAACCGACAUACGCGCGCAUGGCCUUUCCAUGUUUCGACGAACCACAAUUUAAAGCUAAAUUUAAGAUAUCAAUAUACAGGGAUAGAUUUCACAUUGCGUUAUGUAAUAUGCCCGCGAUAAAUACUGAGGAGGCCGGAUUUUACUUGGGCACAAAUCUGCUGCGCGAUGACUUUCAAGAGUCCGUAGACAUGUCGACGUACUUGGUAGCUUUCGUGGUAUGCGAUUUCAAAAGAGUCUUCGAACUAACGAAGAGAAAUACAUCAGUAAGUGUGUACGCCACAUCGCACAUGCUGCCGCAUAUGAAGUAUGCCAUGACCACUGCUGCUCGUAUUAUGGAUUACUUUGAAUCUUUCUUUGGCAUACCUUACCCCUUGCCAAAGCAAGAUAUAAUAGCAAUCCCCAAUUUUGAGCCCAUCGCUAUGGAAAAUUGGGGCCUAAUUAAUAUUCGAGAAUCGUUCUUAAUGUACGAUCCGCAAGAAACACCUACCAAACUACAGGAGUAUAUAGCCGUUAUUAUGGCUCACGAAUUGGCUCAUCAAUGGUUCGGCAAUCUCGUCACAAUGAAAUGGUGGAACGACCUGUGGCUGAACGAGGGCGCCGCGACGUUCUUCGAAUACAAAGGCGUGAAUCACAUUUUUCCCGAAUGGGGCAUGAUGGAUUUAUUCAUAUUACACAAAACGCAGCGAGCACUCGAACUUGACGCGCUAGCCAACAGUCACCCAGUAAGCGUAUCCGUCGAAAACCCCAUCGAGAUAGAGAGCAUAUUCGAUACAGUUAGCUACUUCAAAGGCGCUUCCAUCCUCUACAUGUUGGAAGUAGUUUUGUGCGAGAAUGUUUUUAAACGCGGACUAAACGAUUAUCUAAAUCUGCACGCGUACGGAAAUACAGAGACCAACGAUCUGUGGGACGUUUUCACAAAACAUUCCAAAAAUACGUCUAUUAGUACGGAGCUCGACGUGAAAACUAUAAUGAACACUUGGAUCCAACAAAUGGGCUUCCCACUUGUUACCAUCAUUCGCGAAGACAGUACUAUCACGGCGACCCAAAAAAGAUUCCUUUCUUCGCCGCGAGAAGACGCAAUAAACAUUUCGCAACCCAAAUCGUCCUUUGACUACAAGUGGUACAUCCCGUUGAAUUGUUACACAGAUAAGGAUGACCCACUCGAAUCUCCUUUGGAAGUGUGGAUGAACAUGACCAACGCGACUUUCGACAUACCGAGCGACGUCGAUUACAUCAAAUGCAACAUCAACCAAACUGGCUUUUAUCGAGUUAACUAUCCGAACGAGAUGUGGAUCUCGAUCAUCAAAACUUUGAUGAAGAACCACACCAAGUUCAGUCCGGCAGAUCGAGCGAGUCUCAUCGACGAUGCAUUUUCGCUUUGUGAUGCGGGCGAAGUGGAUCCUUCGAUUCCACUGGAACUUUCGCUCUACCUGAUUAACGAGAGAGAUUAUACGCCAUGGGAAACCGCGCUACGAUAUCUGAACUUUUGGAAAGACAGGCUAGCCGAGAGCGAAGCAUAUAAGAGAUAUAUCUUGUUCUUUAAGCAACUGUUGGGUCCGAUUACAAGAUACAUUAGCUGGACAGAUGAGGGAUCUCACUUGAAAAAAUUAUUGAGAAUGGCAGUACUGAAGUCCGCCAUCGAAUUAGAAAUGGACGAUGUGGUGAAGUCUGCAAAGAAUCUCUUUCAAGAAUGGAUAUCGAAGGGCAAACGCAUCGCACCCAAUAUACGGAAUAUCGUUUACAUGGCAGGCAUCAAAUUCGGAGAGGAGUCUGACUGGCAGCAUUGCUGGCAGGUUUACCUUAAAACGCAAAUUCAGAGUGAGAAGCUGUCAAUGUUGCAAGCCCUAGGUGCGACGAUGGAUCCUUGGUUACUCAAACGUUAUCUUCAACUUUCGUUGAACCGGAGUCUGCUCAACGCGCAAGAAGUUAAUACCGUCAUCACGUCCGUUGCUGCCAAUCCGCGCGGACAUUAUCUCGCUUGGCGUCAUAUUAAAGCUUACUGGCCGCAAAUAGAAGCAUUGUAUAUGAAUGAAUCGCUCUCGAUAAGCAAUCUUAUACUUAACGUUGUUCCUGACUACUUUAUCACGGAGUACGAUUAUCGCGAAGUCUCGGGAUUCUUCAAGCAACGUGACAUUCGCAGCAGUAAUCGCACUCUACAGCAAAGUUUAGAAAUGAUCAAGUUCAACAUCCACUGGGUGAAAAUAAACGCGGAAGGCGUAAAUAAUUGGCUCGUGAAAUAUUUCACGGAAAUGAAGCUUGCAAGUUAACCUUCGUUCGCCGAGAAUGAGCCUGACAAGCUGAGUCAUAAUUCAGCCGUAUAUUCAGCCGUGAUACCAUUAUGGCAAAUUUUUCUACAAUUCUCAUUCGUGCGCCCUUAAGAAAUACGUGUGGUAGCCUAGAAAAGUGAAAUCCCCGAUUAUUUAGGGAGCGAAAAGAAUCUCUAUCGUCGUCUAAGUAAGAUAUAAAUUUGCGGAUCAAAAACCAACCGUUUCUAUCAGUUUCAGAGAUUUGUUUCCGUCAGGCAAAUCGAGUUUAAAAGACAAGUCUUAGACAUCAUUUUUCUUGAGAAGGACAUUCAAAUGUAUGUCCUGUACAAACCUCGUUAUCAUAGUUUGCUUGUCGGAAAGAAUUCUCUAAUAAGCCUAGAGAAAAGCCGAAUUGUUUGUACGUAAUACAUUAUACACCAAUUUAUACACUCUUUCGAAAGUAUUUAUUCAACGUGCACGCAGUGCAUGCCAAUCGGAUCACUAAGUAUAUAAAAUACAAGGAAAUAGCGAGAGCAAGGAUCGUUGUUCCUAGGACAGUCAUUGACCUGACAUUCGGAAGAUAAGGGCUAAUGGCAUACGCCUACUGACGUUGAAAGCUUUAGUCUCUCGGGUUUGCUAUACUUCAUUAUAACAAAAGGAAGCUACGGUCAUCAUUUCCACGUGUCCAAGCCCCAUUUUUGAAUCAACCAAUAUUACUUUAACAGGGAGGAGUCGAGCUUGCGGCAAAUUUGUCGGAGGAAACGCUGAUUAUAUUAUCCACGUACGUCCUAUUCGUAAGUCUACGUGCACAAUUAAGGCAUUGCAGACAUUAAGGUAAUAGAAUUAUCGUGACUAUACGAGCGACACAUUUAAGUAGCAUAUCAAUAUAUACGGCAAAGAGCAUAAUACGUUAAAUCGCUCAGGUCUGUGCCACAAGCACCGUCCAGAGAGAUAAGAUGGCGUUAAUUAAAAUCGGUGCGAGGAUAUAUGAAAGAUUGUAAAAAUACAAGGAUUCGAUGUCUAUCAUGUGUGUUAUGUAUUCGUGUCUGCUAGAGGCUUGCUGGAGGCACAGGACACGGCUCGUGUGGAGUUGGUUGUUCUCCAUGCGUCGUAGCAUAAAUAGAGAAUUGGAUAUUUUAUUAUGAAAAAAAAAAUAAAGAAAUUUGUAUACUUAAUCUCUAAACAGCGCUUUAUAUAUACAUACGUAUGGUGUGCAUGUAUUAAUGUAAGACAGUAUGCCGUGUUUGAUCGAAUACUUUGUGAAGGAUCUAGAUGCCGACGCAACUUAUCUCUUGAACAUCACGGUUUUCGAAGCAUCGCGUUCAAUUGUGAGAAAUCUCAUCGUGGUUAACAGUAGUAAACCUCAAUUUGAAACAGGAUCUGUUGUGAAUUUCGACACCCAAAGCGAAUCUUGUGUAUUUCGGUCUAUUGCUAGCUUUACGAUCGUACAAUUCCGAUCGUGGCGCAGAGAGAUGUACGCUGCUCUAUGAACUAAAAAUCCGAGUUCAACCAAAA